AUGUUCGCCAAGUCGAUGCUUGUAGCCGCUUUGGGCGCCUCUGUGGUCAACGCUCAUAUGAUCAUGAGCAACCCAGUCCCCUACGGCAAGAGCACUCUUAACAACUCCCCGCUGGCAGCGGAUGGCAGCGAUUUCCCCUGCAAGUUGCGCAGUGGUACCUAUGAUAUUACCACUGAGAACACUAUCGCUAUUGGCGAGUCCCACGCUCUCACCUUCGAAGGCAGUGCCACCCACGGCGGCGGCUCGUGCCAGAUCAGUAUGACCACCGACCGCGCUCCCACCAAGGAUACUGAGUGGAAGGUUAUCAAGUCCUUUGAGGGUGGCUGCCCUGCCAAUGUCGAUGGUAACCUCCCCAACGGUGCCAGUGCGGCCGAUCCCUACGCAUUCAACUUCACCAUCCCCGAAGGCAUCGAAGCCGGCAAGUACACUCUUGCCUGGACCUGGUUCAACCGUAUCGGCAAUCGUGAGAUGUAUAUGAACUGUGCACCUGUUACCGUCACCAGUGGUUCUUCCAAGCGCUCUGUUUCGGAGCGAACCCCCACUGUCGAGAAGCGCUCGGCUAAUUUCCCUCCCAUGUUUGUUGCCAACGUUAACGGCUGCACUACCAAGGAGGGUGUCGACAUUCGCUUCCCCCAGCCCGGUGAUGUUGUUGAGUACGAUGGUGAGCCCGCCAACCUCGCCGCUGAGGGUUCCGCGGCUUGCACUGGUACUGCCACAUUCGGUGGUUCGGGCGACACCGCAUCUGGUUCAUCGGGCUCUUCCGGCUCUAGCUCCAGCUCCUCCGGCUCUGAGUCAUCAGCUGCUGCUAGCAGUGCUCCAACUGAGACUUCCUCUGCUACUGCGGCCCCGGCCACUUCUUCGGCCCCAACUGAGACAAGUGUGCCUACCGUGCCCGAGACUGCUUCAACGUCCACUGAGGCCGUCCCCGCCACUAGCAGCACCAGCUCUAGCGGUAACUCCGGCACUCAAAGCGGUGCCUGCAGUACCGAGGGAGAAUGGAACUGCAUCGCCGGUACCUCCUUCCAGCGCUGCGCCAAUGGCCAGUGGUCCACCGCCCAACAGAUGGCUUCCGGCACCGUCUGCACUGCCGGCGUGAGCUCUGAUAUAACCAUCUCGGCCUCCAAGAUGGCCCGCCAUGUCUCUGAGAUGCGUUUCCGCAAGCGCACCAUCCAUGGCCACCACGCUUAA